AUAGCGACAGAAAUGAAUUGCAACACCAUAGAAGUGAAAAAGAAAAUAUGCUCUCUGCUUGCCUCAUUUCGAAGAGAGAGAGACAAAAGGAAAGUACAACCAAAACAUCAGGAAGUGGAGCUGGAUAACAGUACUACUCAACAUGGUUUGCAUUUAAGUCUCUGGAUUUUUUGAGAGAUAAAUUUACACCAAAAUCUAUAUUAAAUACCGAGGAGAUUCAAGAACGAGAUGUUACAGUGAAUAUCAACGCUGACAAUGAAAAUGUAGAGGAAGCUAUUACAACCCAUCAGGA